AUGGAUAAGGAUGCUCUAGUUGACUAUGAGUAUCCAGACCUGGAUCCGUUGCCGUCCAAAAUUGAAGCAGAAAUAAUCCUUCCAUGUGACCCUACUGCUGAUGACAGGCUCUUCUACAUAUGCAUCACUGCAAUAUCUCUCGUUGUCAUGCUGAUCCUCGCAAUCCUAGCCAGACGCACGAAGGCGGGCGACAGACAGAAAGGACUCACAGGUUUACUCAGUCCGGUCAACUUCCUGGAUCAUACUCAGCACAAGGGCCUUGCAGUGGCUGUGUUUGGAGUGCUCCUGUGCAAACUGUGGGGCCUGAUCAUAUCGCCGAACCCCCUCCCCUUCACAACAGACACAGAGAAUAAACAGAACUGGGUGAUUCUAGGAGUCUUCUACUACCCCGCACUAUACUACCCUCUCCUGGCAUGUGGUACUUUGCAUAAUAAAGUUGGCUAUGUACUUGGUAGCCUCUUGUCUUGGACGCACUUUGGUAUUCUGGUCUGGCAGAAGAUUGACUGUCCCAGAACACCUCUGAUACACAAGCACUACUCUCUUUUCUCCAGCCUGCCCCAGAUAGCUUGCUUGGCAUUCCUUAGUUUCCAGUAUCCCCUUUUCCUAUUCAAGGGCUUAAAGGGCACCGAAAAGAACAACGCUUCAGAGGAUCUCAGCAGCAGCUAUUAUAAAGAGUAUGUGAAGAAAGUGCUCAAGAAGAAGCCCAUCAAAAUCUGCACAUCGAGCUCAGAGACGCCAAAGCUCCCUCAAAGAAUAAUUGAUGCUGUGAAGUCAUAUAUUUAUACACCAGAGGAAGCUUUCCGUUUUCCACUGAAGUUGGCUAUAUCUUGUGUGGUGUCAUGUAUUACCCUGUAUCAGGUGGGUCUUCUACUGAUCUCGGCAGUGGUGCCGCAGCUCCAGAUUGCCCGUUUGGGAGUCGAUGAAGACAUCGCCAACGUUUUAGCUGGCUUCAAGAUUAUGCUGGCCCCGGACAAACAUGAAGUGGUCAGAAUAGUGGUUCAUUACAUCUGGUGUGUAGAAGUGUGCUACAUCUCAGCAAUGACCCUGUCUGGUUUGGUCAACCUGGCCAUGCUCAUGCGGUCCAUGGUUCUGCAUCGGUCAAACCUGAAGGGGCUGUACAGAGGAGACGUCUAUAAUGUUUACAACUGCCAGAGAAGUAUCAGGGCUUCGCGACCAGCACUGGUCUGCUGGAUGGGAUACACCAGCUUCACUGCAGCUCACAUCUGCAUCGGCAUGAUCGUCCAAACCAUGGUUUUCUUCUUCUGCCUUCUGAUCGGUGUCUUCCUCAUCAUCAUACCUGUACUGCACGGAGAGAAUCUUAUUCUCUUUCAGAUCCUGUGGAGCAUGUGGCCCUUCUGGCUGAUGAUUAUCUUGGCUGUGUUGAUUCAACAUAUCACCGGCAGGUUUUGCUUCAUCAAAAAAACAGCAGGCACACGGGACCUAGACAACAGGGGUAGUCUGUUCCUGCUGACGUACCUGCUGUUUCCAGUCAAUGUUCUGAUCGGGGUGCUACUGGCAGUGUGGCGCAUGGUCAUCACAGCCCUGUUCAACAUUGUCCACAUGGGACGCAUGGACAUCAGUCUUCUUAACCGCAAUGUGGAGGCAUUUGACCCAGCCUACCGCUGCUAUGCUCAUUAUCUAAAGAUUGAGGUGAGCCAGUCGCACCCUGUGAUGAAGGCCUUCUGCGGGAUGCUGCUGCAGUCCAUGAGGCAGGAGAGCAAUGCCCUCUGUGUACAGAGGUCACGGGAUGCUGAAGAGGGGAUCCAGCUGGUCAAUCAGGAGAAGAAACAGCUCAAAGUGUCCAGCGCCAAGAGGGCCCGCCGGCACUGGCAGCUCCUCUACACCCUGGUCAACAACCCCUCCCUGGUGGGAACCAGGAAGCACUUCCAGCGUCAGGCCGCAGAGAGCUUUCUGAAUGGAAGCCUCAACCGCAGUGCCAAGGGGGGGAGCAAAAAGGAGGCAGCAACCAAGAAGGCAGAGACAGAUGCCAGCAACUGAACACGAAUGUGGCCCUAAUUAAGGAUUGGUACUUCUGGUUUUGGGCAAGAUUAAAGUCAUAUUAUUCAUCCAAAAUAAGUGCACUUAUAGCGCCACAGAGAUAUUCACCGAGCCUUUCCUGUCUGGAGAGUGUGCAUCCUCUUUGUUAUCUUCAUGUUAAACUGAUUGUUUAUAUGAGGGCCACCGCCUCCAGUCUGAUGUGAGAGCUUGUGUGUGAUCUCCCAAUGAACACACUCAUUGUGUGUAAUUUCCAAUGCAUUUAUGUGCUUAUUUUGGAAUGGCACUAGUUUGUUUUAUGUUUUAACCUGAAGGUUAAUUGCAUAUGUUUUCCAUUAUGUUGUCAUCAGUGCAGGUAAGGCACAUUAAUUGUCACCCAAACAAAACAGAUGAAGUAUCCUUUUAACAAGGGUAUUAAUGUGUAGAUUAUUUCACUAUUUAUUAAUUUACAUAAUGAGGUGUUUUCAGGAGAUUCAUUUCUCUUUUUUCAAUUGUACACAUUUUCUGUAAUUAACAAUAACCUGUGGAAUAGGAACUACCAGACAAAUUCAACUUUGUAUUUUCUGUUUUAUUUGUAGAUGUUCAAGUCUCAAACCACUAAAUUUAUCUUUUCUUGUUUCUGAUAUUCUCCAACUUUACCUCGUUGUCUCUGCAUUAU